GCAUGAGAUUUGUAUUUGGAAGGAAAAUAGCUCUGUUUUUCUCCCAUUUCGUUUAUUUUCUCCAACUAAAACAAUCCUCAUGUAUACAGUUUUGAUUACCAGAAAAAAAAAUCUCCAUAACCAAUUCCUUUUUAUUACAAGAAAGCUAGAGAAGAGAGGAUUAACAAUAAACAAAAACAGGACUUUUUGGUCUUGCUAGAUUUCCCCGGGAAAAAAUCCAAUCUUUCCCGGAAAGAAAAAAACCACAAAACCAGAUCCAGGGAGAAAGAAGAUGAAGUUCGGAAGAGAAUACGAAGCGCAGAUGAUCCAAGAAUGGCGAGAAGCCUACAUGGAUUAUCGUUCUCUCAAAUCCAUCGUCAAACAGAUCCUUCGUUAUCGCCUACAAAAACAACAACGUGCUCCUCCUCCUCCUCCUCCGACCGCCGGAGACGCCGCAACGCUCGAAUCCGGAGGCGGAGGCGGAGGCGAAACAGGCGGGGCGGGAUUGUCGAGGAGAGUCUCUCUCUACCGCGCAUUCAGCGGCCUCACGAACCGCGCGAAAGGCUCGCCGAAGAAAUCACACAAACACCACAAUCCUCUGAGCAGCAAACGCCACCACCACCACCACCAUUACCAUCUCUUCGACGACGACGAGGAGCAAGUCAUUAUGAUCAACGAGGACGAUACGUCGAGCUACACGACGACGUUUCUCUGCUCGGCGGAGGAAGGAGGGGACAUGGAGGUUCAGUUUUUCCGGAGGCUGGACGGAGAAUUCAACAAGGUGUUGAGAUUCUACAAGCAGAAAGUGGAGAGUGUGAUGGAGGAAGCCGAUGAGCUUAGUAGACAGUUAAACGUUUUGAUUGCUCUUAGGGUUAAGGUUGAGAACCCUAACGUUGACUUUCCUCCUAUCAAUAACGUCGUCUCGAGCGCUCCUUCUUCUCCACAUGCAACCACCAGAACUCCAGCCACUUCACCAAUGGAUGUGAUUAGAGAGGUGGAAAAAACGGAAGACAAAAAGGUCUUUAAACCUGCUCCAGUAGAAAUGUUGGAUCAUAUAAAGCUCAAGAUCGAACCAGAAACGCCAUUGACGACUCUUAAAUGCAUGAUCCUCGGUCUCACGAAUGAGCAAACCUUCAGCAAAGCCGAGCUUAAGAGAGCCGAGGAGCUUAUGAGCCGCGCUUUUGUUGAGUUCUACCAGAAACUUAGGUUCCUAAAGAGUUAUUGCUUCUUGAACCAAUUGGCGUUUUCAAAGAUACUAAAGAAGUAUGACAAGACUACUUUGAGGAAUACAUCGAAGCCUUAUCUAAACACAGUGGAUCAUUCUUAUUUAGGCAGCUGCGAUGAGGUUUCGAGGCUCAUGUCGAGAGUAGAGGCUACGUUUAUCAAGCACUUCGCCAAUGGAAACCACAGAGAAGGAAUGAAAUGUUUAAGGCCUAAAGCUAAGAGGGAGAAACACAGAAUCACAUACUUCCUCGGGUUCUUGUCGGGUUGCGCUGUGGCUCUAGCCGUUGCGAUAACGGUUCUUGUACAUAUAAGAGGCCUAACAAAAAGUGAGGGACGGCAUCAGUACAUGGAGAACAUUUUCCCUCUUUACAGCUUGUUCGGGUUUGUUGCGGUUCAUUUGUUUAUGUAUGCAGCAGACAUAUAUUUUUGGAGUAAAUAUCGAGUAAAUUACCCGUUUAUCUUCGGGUUUGAGCAAGGGACUGAUCUUGGUUACAGAGAAGUUCUUCUAGUAGGCUCUGGUCUAGCAGUUCUAACAUUCGCAGGAGUCAUCUCAAAUCUUGACAUGGAAAUGGAUCCAAGGACUAAAAGUUUUAGUGUCAUCACCGAGCUUGUUCCUUUAGCUCUUCUCCUCUGCUUGAUGAUGACGCUGUUCUGUCCAUUGAAUAUAAUAUAUCGGUCAAGCAGAUAUUUCUUCAUCGGAUGCGUCUUCCGUUGUCUUUUAAGCCCUCUUUACAAGGUUAUUCUCCCUGAUUUCUUCCUCGCAGAUCAGUUGACAAGCCAGGUGCAAACAUUCAGAAACAUGUUGUUUUAUGUUUGCUACUAUGGAUGGGGAGGUGAUUUCAAGAAACGAACACACACAUGCUAUGAAAGUGACCUUUACAAAGAACUCUACCUUGUCGUUGCCAUCGUUCCUUACUGGUUCCGCUUCGCUCAGUGUAUAAGGAGGUUGGUUGAGGAGAAAGACAAAAUGCACGGCCUAAACGCGCUAAAGUAUAUGUCGACGAUAUUGGCGGUUGCGGCUAGGACAAUCUUCGAGAUGAAUAGAGGGACUUACUGGCUCACGGUGGCUGUAACCACGUCUAGUAUUGCCACAUUGUUCAAUACCUACUGGGACAUUUUCAAGGAUUGGGGUCUUAUGAACCGCAACUCCAAAAACCCUUGGCUUCGUGACAAACUCUUACUUCCUUACAAAAGCACCUACUUCAUUGUCAUGGUGGUGAAUGUGGUGCUGAGGCUGGCGUGGAUGCAGACGGUUCUUGGGAUUAAAGAAGCUCCUUUUUUGCACAAAAGAGCUUUGGUUGCCGUUGUUACCAGUUUAGAGAUUGUUCGUCGUGGGAUUUGGAACUUCUUCAGGUUGGAGAAUGAGCAUUUGAACAAUGUGGGGAAAUACAGAGCCUUCAAGUCUGUACCUUUGCCUUUUCAAGAACUUGGAGGAAGCAAGACCAUGUAAACUAUAUACAAUUCCCAACACCAAAACCAAAAAGCAGCUAAAUUUUUGAUUAAUUCAUUAAUUUAUAUCAUGAAAAAAUUGAUUUUUUCCAAUUUUCCAGCAUAUACAGUUUUUAUUAUUUUCUUUGGAGUUUUUAAUUGUUAAAAAUAAUGAAAUGAUGAAAUGAAAAAGAACAAAUCCAU